AUGGCGAACGUGCGGGUGGCCGUGAGGGUGCGGCCUCUCAGCAAGAGGGAGACCAAAGAAGGAGGAAGAAUUAUUGUGGAAAUUGAUGGCAAAGUGGCAAAAAUCAGGAAUUUAAAGGUGGACAGUCGAUCAGAUGGCUUUGGCGACUCCCGGGAGAAGGUUGUGGCAUUCGGCUUUGAUUACUGCUACUGGUCUGUCAACCCAGAGGACCCCCACUAUGCAUCUCAGGAUGUGGUGUUCCAGGAUUUGGGGACUGAAGUACUGAAUGGAGCUGCCAAAGGCUAUAACAUCUGCCUUUUUGCCUAUGGACAGACAGGCUCUGGGAAGACAUACACCAUGCUGGGGACCCCAGCCUCUGUCGGGCUGACGCCGCGGAUAUGUGAGGGUCUCUUCGUCAGGGAGGAAGAAUGUGCCCCGCCGCCUUCCUCCUGUAGGAUCAAAGUAAGUUUCCUGGAAAUCUAUAACGAACGUGUGAGGGAUCUGCUGAAGCCACCUGAUCAAAAAAAAUCCUAUACCCUGAGGGUCAGGGAGCACCCAGAGAUGGGGCCCUAUGUACAAGGUUUAUCUCAACAUGUAGUUACCAACUAUAAGCAAGUAAUUCAACUCUUGGAGGAGGGAAUAGCAAACAGAAUCACAGCAGCUACCCAUGUUCAUGAGGCCAGCAGCAGAUCCCAUGCCAUCUUCACUAUCCACUACACACAGGCGGUUCUGGAAAACAACCACCCCUCUGAAGUCGCUAGCAAGAUCAACCUCGUGGACUUAGCAGGCAGUGAAAGAGCAGACCCCAGCUACUGUAAGGAUCGGAUCACUGAAGGAGCCAAUAUCAACAAGUCUCUCGUGACUCUGGGAAUUGUCAUCUCCACCUUAGCCCAGAACUCUCAAGUAUUCAGCAGCUGCCAGAGCCUUAACAGUGUAAUUAGAAGUGGUGGUGAUAUUGGGAUUUCUGGCUCUCCUGGGACCAGCAUUGAAGGGGGACCCUCUCGGAGGCAGUCCUAUAUUCCAUACCGGGACUCCGUGUUGACCUGGCUGCUGAAGGACAGCCUUGGAGGCAACUCCAGAACCAUCAUGGUUGCCACCGUGUCUCCUGCACACACUAGCUACAGUGAAACCAUGAGCACACUGAGAUAUGCAUCCAAUGCCAAGAACAUCAUCAACAAGCCACGGGUGAAUGAGGAUGCAAACGUAAAGUUGAUCAGAGAACUCAGGGAAGAGAUUAGAAGACUGAAAGCCGUGCUACUGAGCUUCGAACUGAGAAACUUCAGUUCAUUGCGUGACAAGAAGGAUGGCAGUCUGAAGGAGCUGGUUCUCCAGAACGAACUGAAGAUAGACCAGCUGACUAAAGACUGGGCUCAGAAGUGGGAUGAGUGGAAGGCCCUCAUGGAGCAUUACAGAGUGGACAUCAACAGGAGGAGGGCUGGGGUUGUCAUCGAUUCCAGCCUGCCACACCUGAUGGCCUUGGAGGAGGAUGUGCUCAGCACAGGUGUCGUUCUCUAUCACCUGAAGGAGGGGACAACAAAAAUAGGAAGGAUUGACUCAGAGCAGGAACAGGAUAUUGUCCUGCAGGGUCAAUGGAUCGAGAGAGACCACUGCACCAUCACCAGCGCCUGUGGGGUCGUCGUUCUGCGGCCUGCCCAGGGGGCCCGUUGCCUAGUCAAUGGCCGGGAAGUCACUGCCUCCUGCCGUCUGACCCAAGGAGCAGUCAUAACCCUGGGGAAAGCACAGACGUUCCGAUUCAGCCACCCAGCAGAGGCCGCUGUCCUUCGGCAGAGAAGGCAGGUCGGAGAGGCUGUUGGUGGUAGCGGCUCUUUGGAGUGGCUGAACUUAGAUGGAGAUGUCGCUGCCUCCAGGCUGGGUCUCUGCUCUCUGCUUGGGAAGAAAAGGAAGGUGCUGGGGGAGCAGAGUGACGAGGAACAGCUGCCCGGGGCCGGAGAGACACCUCGAAGGGCCGGUAUUCAGCAGCAGGAUCUGAGGCAGCGACUCCGAGCGCGACAGAUUAGAGCCAACCAGGACCUGGAAUUCGAGCAGGCACCUGUCAGCUGGCAGGUUAAAGAAGACCAGCAGUGGCUGCUCAGAGAAGAGACCUGGCUGGCCAGCUUGCAGCAGCAACAGCAAGACCAUACAGCAGAGAGAGAACUUGAGGCCUCUGUGCCCACUGCUUCUUGGCUUCAGACAUAUCCUGAGCCUCAACUGUCCCCACUGGUCAGAAGCCAGAAGCGGGCGGUGCCACUCCAGCUCCUGCAGAGACGGACUCCUCGGGUGGCAGACAGGAACGUAAGGCGAAAAAAGGCCUCAUUCCAGCUAGAGAGAAGCAUCAAGAAGCGGAGGCAGCUGGAGGCCCAGAAGAGACUGGAGCAGCUCAAGGCAUUGUACUGGCUCCAGGAUGAGGGUUCCCCGGAGCCCCCACACCAGGUCCCCAGCCCUGAUGCCUUCCCAGGACGUCAAUGUCGAAGCGAGUCGACAAAUGGCAGCUUUUUGAGCCUACGGGAGCUCUGCCUCCGGUGCUUGCCCCAGCUACGCAGUGUUUUCCUGAAUCGGGAUCCCUCUAGCACAUUACCUCCUAUACCCGACUCCACUGAUCAGACCUCAGAGAACACCCAGUCAGAAGAGUCUUUGUCCCAGGCUGCGUAUCCUCCAAGGACAGGGCGUUCCAGCCACAAUGUCCUCCGCUCCUUGGGGGAGGGACAGCUCUGCACAGCCAGGGCGGCCUUGGCCAGGAGGAGAGCCUGGGCCCCAGGCACCUGCUUCAGCGUGAGCUCUCCAUCUUCCAGCAUCCAGGAGAGGGAGAGAGGGCGUCAGCAGCCCCACUGGGUGGUGUCCCAGAGCUUAGCCUCUCCGAGACAACCAGCCAAGAUGCUGAAGCCAGAGGCCCUCACGCCUUCCACCCAGGCCAGGAGGGCUACGAGACUGUCGGACUCAGGCCACGGACCAGCAGGGUGGCAAAAAGAAGGGGACCUGGAGACCCGCCAGGCUGCUAACGGAGCCAGUUGCAGUUGCUCACAUCCCCAUGGACCCAAACAGGCAGCUGGGCAUGGAAAGGCAGCUGAAACUUUUUGGACAGAAUCCCAACCACCUUCUCCAAACAGGGCAUCAGAAAGGCAGCAGGGGGUGCCGGCAACCAGGGUCAGAGGCAUUACCAAGAAGCCCUCUCGCUUGCUUCAUGGCAGCCCUUCAAAGAGGCAGCACAGUGCAGGGAGCCCAGACACCAUGGCCUCACUCACAGAUGCCGGCCCAGGGGAGGACCCCAUGAGAGAAAAAGAAGGCGAUUUAUCGGACGCAGAUAGCAGUUACUCAGUGGAUUCUCUCUCCUGUGUCUGUGCCAAAGCCCCAAAGGAGCCCGGGAAGCCAGGGAACCUCCCGGGGAGGGAAUGGCAUCCCCCAGAAUCAGAGAACACGGAAAGCGACAACAGCCAAAUAUCCGAGGACUCGCUGACCGAGAAGAGGAACCACAGCCCUCAGGACAGCCCGGGGGACAGUUAUCUUAACAGCGACCCCAGGGCCAGCGCCAGAGCGUCUGUGAGGAGCUUCCCCACAUGCUCAGACAGGGGCCUGUUCGCCCAGGCUCACAGGAGCUUUUCGCUGGAUAGCCUGAUUGACGCUGAGGAAGAACUUGGGGAAGAUCAGCAAGAAGAGCCUUUCUUCAGUUCAGCCGAUGAGAUGCCAACAGAGACGUUUUGGCGCCUGCAGACCUCCAGUCUGCCCGUUGUGAGCCAGGAGGCAGGGUGCAGGCUUGGUCCUGCCACCCAAAGAACAGGAGCCAGGCUGGAUUCCCUCCUGCCAAUGAGCAGUUCUUUUUACCUUGAUUCCCAGCCCCUGCCCCGCUGUGCACAGCCUGAGUCGGAGGUGGGGGCAAGCACCUCUGAGCAAGCCACCACUCUGCAAAGCUUGCCGCUUUCAAGAGGGAGCCCUCUGUUGUCCAUGGAUUCCUGGUUUUCCUGUGACUCCAAGAUCAAUCCCAACAGCCCCCUGGGAAUAGGGGAUUCUUUAUGUCCAAGUCCUGAUGUCCAGGAAUUUCAGCUCAGUGGUCGGGAGAGGCCUGGACUCCGGCCAAAGAUGGAAGAACUAAAGCCAUCGGGUAGAGGAGCAGUCCUGCCCUACACUCCCAAGCCGCCCGCAGGAGGUGCGGAGCGGCCCUGCAGUGUCCGAGCCGUGUACACCAUUCCUGCUUCUGAUGCAUCCAGGUUGUCCCUCUGGGGGUCAUACAGGCUUUUUCCGUCCGGAGUGGAUGGCACCUUUCAGGCCAGAGGUGUCUCUGACCCAGCCCAGCAGGGCAACGCUGAAACAUCCAACAACUCGAGUGUACCAAGCGUGCUGCCUGCCUCUGCCACCUCAUUUACUUACGUAGGCAGCACCUGUGAGAGGGACUGGGCGGCCCUUCAGCAAAAGUGCCUCCUUGAACUAUCUCAUCCUGUGUUGGAGGCCAUCGGAGAGCCCAGGCCAGCUUUCACCUCUCUCGAGGAAGACUCUGGUUCCCUGACCCAAGCUUCUAGCAGAGGAGGAAGUACUGUAUUGGUAGUUGGUUCUGGGCUAUCUAGCAGUUUGAAGUUCAACAACUUUCCUAUCCAUAUAUCCAAAAUUAGGCAUUUGAGGGCAGAGAAAGAACAGGACAGUUUGAGUGUCGAGUUAGAAGGCACUUCAGAUUUCUUUGCAACCAGUGAGAAAGAGGUGAGUUUCAGUGGAAAUUAUUCAGCGGACAUAGAAUCAUUGACUUCUGGAGCUACAAACGCACAGGUCUUUGCAGCAGAGAACAAGGUGGCAAAUUCCAUGACAGGAGCAUGUGACAUCAAACGGAGCAACUUGGAAGAGUCCUCUCCGAGUAGCGGGGGGAAGCCGGGAUUGACGACUUCCUCUGAAGAAUGUCUCUUCCUGAAGAACCCUUGUCACAGCGACGUCACCGUAGCCACCAAAGAAGAUCCUCAGCCCCAAAGCUGUGCUCCUCUCAGGAGGGACAGUGUAGGCCUGGCAGGGCAAUUAAUUCACCGCAGCCACCUCCCCCGGCAGGAAGAGGAGGCAGACUGCCAGGAGAGCGCCACGGAAGUGGUUGGAAGACUCGCCAAUCUCUCCUCUGCCUUUCUGUCAGGCCCGGAGCUGUCCCUGCACUCUGCUCCCUGGAAUUCAUGCCCGUCUUCCCUGCAGCCACCUCCCUUAGAAACAUUCUACGUGACCAAAAGCCGGGACGCCCUGACGGAAACGGCCCUGGAGAUCCCGGCGUGCAGAGAGGCCAGAGUGCCUUCCCCACCCCCCAGGGAGGCCUGGGGCUUUGGCCAGGACUACCAGGUCCUCCGGGAUGCUUACUUAAAGAAUAAUUCGCCCGUGCUCUUACAAAAGCAGGAUUCCAAGACUGCCGCAUUUCAGCAGGUCACAGCCGAGAGGCCAGUUUCUCUGAACACCACGGAGGUUAGUGGAGAAAUAGGGAAACGCGCCGGAAGCCAUAACUCAGUAUAUGUUUUUGUUGCUCAGAACAGACAUUUUCUUCCGUCUGCCAGCACAAAAGUAUGUGAGUAUGAAAAUCAACUUGGAAGUUUAAAUAAGCACAGUCUUCCAGCACUCGAGGGAGAAAAGACCAUGAUACAGUCCAGUUGCACCGUUUCCUCAGGCAGUUCUGGGUUUGGGAAGCCCCCUUUUGUGUGUGAGUCUCAGGCAAGUGGGGAAGAAGGGCAGGAGCAGAACGCAGUCCUAAGACAGAGCCAGGCCUCUGAUAUCUGUAGACAGUCCCCUUUGGUGGCCAGGUCUGAUUUCACCUAUAAAACCAUCAGUUUAGGUUUUGACAAGGACAAGUCUAGAUCAGCAUAUCUUAGAGUAAGGAGCCCAGAGGUAAUAGCCCAGGAUGGGAGUCCAACCCACAGGGCAGAAUGGAAGGAUGAAACUGGGCUUCCUGGAAAGUCUCUCCAUCCCAGAGACCGCUCAGAAGAGUCUAAGCAGCCAUGGACAGAAUCUACACAAGAAAGGUUCCAGUCAGUUCUAUACUCUCAGGAAAGAAACCUCACUGAAUGCAAGGGCCCUGGAAAGUUGCAAGAAGUGUUAAAUCACAAAGAAACACCUUCUGGAAAGAAACCGAAUAAAAGAGUUAAUAAUACUGACGAAAUGGCGAGGCUAAUUAAGAGUGUCAUGCAGCUAGAAGAUAGCAUCUUGGAAAUCGAAUCCAAGCAGAAUAAGCAGCUCUAUGCUCCCCAUACACUGGACGUCAGUCAUGAGUUUGUGUCCCAGCACAAGGAGAUGGCUGACUGUAUCCUGAAGCCAGGCAGCUCUAGACACCACUUGUCCUUCAGGGACCAGCUGUCUUCUCCAGAAUACACAGAUGAUACUGAUUUUAGGGAUGUUGACGCUGGAGAAAUGGAGACUAGCAGUACCACUGGGGAAGAUUCCCGGGAUCAGAAAGUCAUCCCGAGUCCCUUCAAGUCAGGAGACUGGGCACAAGAUACUAAAUUUGUGAGAGAGCACAAUCCCACAGCUGUACUAGACAGACCUGCCAGGGACACUUGUGACUAUUUAGGGAUAUGUACAACUCACAGCGAGUGCACCCGCACUUUUGCUAAUCCAGGGAGAAGGAAAGCAUUGGCCAGAGCUGUGCCAUUCCGGCCCAGGCCCGAGUGGCCCUCCGAGGAGGGAAGUGAGGUGGUGCAUGCAUCAGCAAGCCCCAGAAGGCAGCCCCGUGGCUUGGAAAGUCUUGAGGAAUCAGAGACUAUGGAAGAUUUUCAGGAAGGCCACGUUCCCAAACACAUAAGUAGUUUUUACCCAGAGGAGCCAAAGAUCCAAGGCAGAGUUAAGGAAAUGACUAUGCAAAGAGGAGAGAGCCUACACGAGCAAUACAGAAUGGUCCCAUCGACUCGGAAGCUGCUUAGUCCAAGCCAACGUUGUAUGGGCACGUUUUUCAGCCAGGAGACAGGCCCCUCGCUGAGUCAGCCAGACUCCUCUAAGGCUCCCCAUCGAGACCUGAGUAACACCUUGCCCUUGAGUUCCCCAAGACUGCCAAGAAGCCAUCUUCAUGCGCCUGAUGCUAUAGGCCUCUCUUCAGUUGACUAUGUGCUGGAUCCUACAGUGUUGAAAAUGCCUACCAGUCUCUGGGUAACUGAAGCAGGGUGUCAGGGCCAGAGUGGAGAGCCCAGAAGCCACAGCCCUCAGGGAGAUGUGCGAGAGGCGUCCUCCAGGACACACGCUGCUUGCUGUGGGUCUGCAGUCUUCAUGGCCUUAGGAUCUUGGGAUCAGUCUGGUGCACCAGAGGCCAUUCCCCCGGGGGCUGAGAGCAGGAGAUCAGCCAGCAUCAGCCCCCAAGCCCUGGGAGGGGACCCCAGAAGCACCUCAGUGGGCUUGAAUACCAGGGUGGGUUCUCCUUCUGAAGCCAAGGUGGCUGUACAGAAAGCAGAAAGAGUCAGCACGCUUAAAAAGAGGGCCAACUGUCCCUUAGCAGAGAGUAACAACCAGGGCAGGGAGGUGAGGCAGAAGGCAGAGAAGGAGGCCGAGGACCUUGGUCUUACCGGCCCUACUUUCUCAGCAACUGUGUCUCUGGAGCCACACCCUGAGCCCCCUGCACACUCGUCCACGGGCUUCGCUGUGCUGGAGGAGAUCAGAGAGACAAGGGCCCACGGACAACAGUUUCAUGACUUGGCGACUGAGGGCACAGUCCUUCCUUACUAUGAGACUGUGUUAGAGCCUGAAUGUUCUUCAAGGGCCCCUGGUAGGCCUCGGUGUCAGCAAACGGGCAGGCCAGUGUCAGACAGGACCAGGGAUGAGGGUGGAGCACAGGGGUUUCGUGUGGCGUCUCCCUCUGCUGGACCAGGACAUCUGUGGCCUGAUAAGAGGAACACACUUAAGACCACACCCCUCUCUGCAGACAGCUUUCAGCCUCUGCCCAACAUUGACGUUAAAGGGCCAUGCCAGUCCUCACAGGUUUUCUCCCCUGCUGACCCUGCUCUAGGCAAAAGCCAUUAUUCUGGAAAACUGAAGCUUUUCCUGAGAGCGGAUGAGCAGUUUAUAUGUUAUUCGGGCCCAUUUGAAAUCAUGGAAGAAAAGCAAGAAGCAAUUAGGAUUUCUGCUGGUCCGGUAGGCCCGGACAGUCUUCCUUCUUCAGCUCUAGAGGAAGCCAGGAGGGUAACAGCAGGGAAAGUAGACGCUGCCUUAUCUUCUCAGGAACCUUCCGACAAUCCUGGAGUGAGUGAGCAUGGGCAGAGCCAGUCCGUUCCCUGGGAGAUGGCAGAGGGCAUGCCCCCUGGCAGUCAGGAGAGCAGCCAGGCACGCCCAGAAUCUAGAACUCUACCCGCCAUAUGUGGGGGAGAGUCAGGUAACUUCACCGUGGCUGCACAGGGAGAAAAAACUACCUGUUUUGAAAGUCACCUUGCGAUCCGUAACGUUCGGGACUCUGCCAGUCUCUCAGGGCCUCCCCAAGACCAUGCCCAAGACCUCAAUGCUUCCAGUGGCUUAGAAGAAGGGAGGGCGCUGCCCAGGCGGAGUAGCGUCCUGCCUGGAGCCCCGAGAAGAGCUGAGCCGGAAGCGCCCUCACAGCAGUGUGUGAAGACAGGGGGUGUUGGCUCUGGGCUGGCAGAAGCCCGCAGGGCUGGCAGCAAACACCAUGAGCCGGCUCCACUGCCGGAUCGAAGACCUAGCCCAGACCCCGGUGGAGUCGGAGAGGAGGCCCUGCGCAGAUGUCACCAGGAAACUUCAGACUGUGCUGUCCUCUCAGCAGGGAGCACUGGAGGCAGAGCGCCUCUCAGCCCAUCUGGGGGGCAGGAAGGCAGCAGAACUCUUACGUGUCAAGAGCCAUGCAGCCCUCAAGCCACUGCUUCUUAUGCCUGCUCCUCCCCUUUCUCCACUUCACUGCUACACAGAGAUGGUGACGUGGGGAAGGCUGCCCCACAAACUCUCCACCCAACCUGCAAAGUAUGUUGCAGGGCCCACGGAAUGGAUGAGAGAGGAGAGAGCUAUUCCAGUGAGCCUGAGGUGUUCUUGACACCAGGCCCUGAGCCCAAAGGCCUCGGUGUGAAAUUUGGGCCACCAGGCAGCAGCACUCUGGAGCCCUCUGCCGCCACUUCUGCCUUCUCUCUGGGUCAAGGCUGCAGCUCCCCUUCUGCCCCUGACAUGCAGGAGGGUCCCCUCAGCCCCUCAGUUGCUGCAGGGAACCCCGAGGAAAAGGUUGCCAAGAAGGCAGCCCGUGCAGAGCUUGAGGCUGCCCCUUUUCCUAAAGGCGUGUGCUCUGAGCCACUGACGAAGUUUCGGGACAGCUCAGUAGGUGGCCAGAACGCACAGGAGUGUCAUACCACGCCAGAGCUACCUGCACCAACCAGGAGACAACAUGCCCUGAAUUUAAGCGAAGGGUCUGUUGAGAGUGAGCUGCUGGUGGAUCCACAGCACGGGUGUUCAGAAAAUGCUGUCAGAUGCCUUCCAGAAAGGCCACAAUUUUCCACCGAGUCCAGGGAUCACAGGAGCUUGGAUCCCCAAGCCAAAUUUGUAGCCAAGUUAAAGCACAUCUCCAGUGCCCAGGUUGGCAGUCUCGGGGAGGAGGACAAGCAGCAGAGAGCGCGGGCCUCGGGUGGCGGCGAAGCCCCUGCCCGGCGCAGGCAUCCCCCCCAGGCCCAGGACGGUGACCUAGAUGGCUUCCAGAUGAGCGCUGCAGGCGGAGAGGAGGGGACUGCAGCCCCGGCCACUGCGCCCAAGGCGCUCUCACCAGGCUUUACCGACUCAGCCAGUGACCCCGUGGUGCCUGUGGCCCAGUGCCCUGGCUGGCCCUCUUCUGGAAGGCAGCAGCCGGCUCCCCCCCACAGGCGCGCACUUCCUGUCAUUGCCGUUUUCUCUGGCCCCAGAGACUCCAGGUCCCCCCCGAGGCCACAGUUCUCCGUGAUCAGCUCUUCCCGGUCUCUUCGGGAGCUGAAUUUGAGUGUGGAACCUCCUUCCCCCACAGAUGAAGAGACACAGGGGCCUAACAAAUUGUGGAACCCCCAUCCUUGGGGCCGCUCCUUAGAAAAGUCAGCAGCGGGAACAUCUCUGGAAGCUGCGAGCUGCGAUCAGGAAGCCUCAUCUGACUGGAAUAGUAGCUCUGCUGCUCACAGGCCCCUUCAGCCCGCCAGCCCUCCUUACCCAACCUCAGCCCCCUUGUGCAUGCCGACCCCCAGUUUAACGGCCUGCUGGGUGCCGGGUACAGUGGAACCGGCCCGGCAGGGAAAGCCACAGAGCCUGGGCGGCCAGGCCAGGCCAGAGAGGCUUUCUGAGGCAGACAGAGGGGCAGCGCACUUUGGUUCCAGUGACAUCAAUCCCCGCGUUCUGCCCGGCCCGCCAGCGAGUCCUGCACCCAUUGGCUGGAAGCAGUAUGUGCUGGGCAAUACGGUGGACAGCGGCCUAGAGGACCAGAACGCCCCAUUCCACUCCCACCUCGGCACCUGUGCCGAUCCCCGAGGUUCGCGUGAGGCCUGGGCAGGGUGGGACUGUUCGCUUGCCUUGGGGAACCACCACAUCCUGACAGGCCCUGGAGGAGCAGCCCCCGUGAAGCGUCCCGAUGAGAGAGCCCAGUCCCAGGGCCCCCCUGGUGAAGCAGGCCCUCCGAGGAGUGCGUCCCCCUGGACUGAAGGCCCAGUGAAUGAGAUUACGCUGCUGUGUCCAUCAGAGGCGGGCGGCCCUGGGGGACAGGCCAGGAUGAGCACCUUGGAGCAGGGCACACAGACCUUGGGCUGCAGGCUCCACUGGAGCCAUAAGGACAUCUCCUCUGCCCAUUUGGAAGCCAGCGCAGCGCCGGUCUCUGACCUGGCCUCCUGGGCCAGCAUGCACAACCUGUCUCUCCACCUCUCGCAGCUCCUACACAGCACCUCAGAGUUGCUGGGGAGUCUCUCGCAGCCAGGUGUUGCAGAAAAGCAGCAAAACUCCAAGAGGGAGACCCCAGAUGAGGCACCCCAGACCCUCACGAUGGACGGCUGUACUCAGACCACCGAGAACAAGAGCAUCCAGACUGACCUGGCCUCCCCACCUCUGCACCCCCAGGCCGCAGAGGCCAGCCCUCAGGAGGUCAGUGUGGUCCUUGAAGCGCUGGGCUCGGAUACCUCCACCACGUCUCAGGAAAAGGGACACGGCCCAGGGACAGUUCAGGAGAGAGAGGCGGAGGGACCAGCAUGGAACACAGCACGGCCCCUGGGUCUUCAGGAAGAAAGCACCUAUUGCAGGCCCCAGAGCCCUGCAGUGCCCUCUUCCCAGCUGAGGUUUCAGGAGGCCCCACUCGGGCAGAACCUCCCCUCUGUGAGCCCCCAGGCUUCUCCUGCUGCCGCCCUGCUGCCCGACGCCCAGCCCAGUGAGCCCUCCUGCCUGGCUGUCAGCAGCCCCAGCCUUAGCCUCCCUCAUUCCCCAGGGCCCUGCCCCAGUGCUGCGGAGCAUGUCGGGGAGCCUAGGGUCCCCAAGGAGUUGAGCCCCGCAAGUGCCUUGUUGGUGGACAGGGCCUCUUCCCCGAUCCUCGCACUCAGUGCCAGCACUCAAGGGUCAGAGCUCCCCUUAGGCUCCCUGCCUCUCUCCACCCACUUAGCUCUCCCUCUUGAAGGCCACCAGGAGCUUGUCUCCACUCCAGACCUUCCCCUCAGCUCCCCCAAACCUCCAAUGGACGGUUAUUCUCAAGCCAUUGACGAGGCAGGCAGCUCCCAGAGAGGACGGGGUCUGUGUGAAGGCAGAAGCUCUUCAGAAAGGAACGAGGGCAGGCCCACGCUCCAGGGAAGCUCCCCCGUCAGCCCGCCGCACAGCUCAAAACCCCACGUUCGUUUCCUGGAGCAGCCCCCGCAGCAGCUUCUGCCCCCGGCCCCUUCCGGGGUCCAGAGCAGACUGCCCCCUCUGCCGCUGAGGACCAGCAGUCCGAGACCGGCCGAGGGCUUGGUCCCCGAGGACACGGCUCCCCUGGAGUGCGGCCCCCUUUGCAGCAGAGGGCCAAAUACACGGCAGAGCAGGACCGAAAGGGGGGGUGAGAGCUCAGCCUCUGCAGUGGAGCCACAACCCGCCGUCAACGAUCCCUCUUCGGUGGGAGGCGUGCAGCACCUCGGCCCCUGCCCUGUGUCUGAGAUGACUGACGAAACGAGGCUCCAGGGCUCUCCCUCUGGCCCCGCUGAGGCCUGCCAACCUCAGGGGCUGCUGCGCCCCAGGUCCCAGAUGUGCACGUCUCCUGAGCCCCAGCAUCACAGUCUCAGGGACCUCCCAGUGCAUAACAAAUUCAGUCAUUGGUGUGGGGUUCAGGAUGGCUCUCGUGGGGAGCUGGGACCCAGACAUGUUGGCAGCGCUGGAGAGCAGGGACAGCCUCCCUCACAGCCUCUGGGCGCCCAGAGCCGGGACCCUGCGCGGUCCCAGAAGGAGCAGGUCCCCCUGUUCGGGGCCCAGAACCCCACACUCAGCACGGAACUCACAGAAGCAAAACUGCACCACGGCUUCGGGAAGUCGGAUGCGCUGCUCGAGGUGCUGCAGAGCGGGACGGGGGCGGCGCUCACCGCCCCGGAGCCCGUGCCGUCCACCUGGGAGGAGCUGCACGCCCGGCAAAAACAAACCAUCGAGUCCCUCCGGAGACAGCGGGCUGAGCGACUUCAGAACUUCCGCCGGACACGAAGCCUCAGCCCCCAGAAACAACUGAGCUUCCUGCCUGACGGGGACCUCUCCACCCGUGACCUUGACUUACCCAGCAGGCGCCGAGAAUACCUGCAGCAGCUGAGGAGGGAUGUUGUGGAGACAACCAGGAACCCGGGGUCCGCGCCGAGGUCUGCUCAGCCCCCCUCUGACAUAGAGCUGAUGCUCAGAGAAUACCAGCGGGCUCGUGAGGAGGCCAAGAUGGAGAUCGCCCGGGCCCAGGCCCGACUGCGGGAGCAAGCUGAACAAGAGAAGCUGAGAAUCCGCCAGCAGAUCAUCUCCCAGCUGCUGAGGGAAGAGGAAAAACUACGCACCCUGGCCGCCUCCAGCUCCCUGUGCACCAGCUCCAAUGGAAGCCUGUCCUCUGGGGUCACCUCUGGCUACAACAGCAGCCCGGCCUUGGCAGGCCAGCUCCCGUCCCCAGGCAGUGUGGGGGAGACCAGCUUGCCUGAUUCUGGAGACUCCUGGAUUGGGGAUGUGCAGGGCCGUUCUGCCGGGAGGAACAGCCGCAGAGCCUCCCUGGGCAGCUGCUGCUAUUCCUCGUCCAGUGUGUCCAGCCUGGGGAGCGGCCUCUCCUCCUCCUACCAGGACUUGGCCAAGCACAUUGUGGACAUCUGUCUGGCCGACGUGAUGGCUGCUUGCUCAGCUGAUCUGCACAAUCUCUUCAAUGGCCAGGUAGCAGCCGGCUGGACCUUCCAGGGCGAGGAGCAGCAGGUGCAGCUCUACAACAAGGUGUUCACCUCCACCCGGCACGGCUUCUUGGGGGCCGGGGUGGUGUCCCAGCCGCUGUCUCACGUGUGGGCAGCGGUGAGCGACCCCACCCUGUGGCCCCUGUACCACAAGCCCAUCCAGACAGCGCGGCUGCAUCAGCGAGUGACCAAAAACAUCCACCUCGUGUACUUGGUGUGCGACCCGGCCCUGUGUGCACUGAAACAGCCGCGGGACUUCUGCUGUGUCUGCGUGGAAGCCAAAGAGGGGCAUCUCUUCGUCAUGGCGGCUCAGUCUGUGUAUGACACAUCCAUGCCGAGACCCAGCAAAGAGAUGGUCCGAGGGGAGAUCCUGCCCAGUGCCUGGGUCCUGCAGCCCCUCACCGUGGAAGGCAAGGAGGUCACCAGAGUCAUCUACUUGGCCCAGAUAGAACUUGGCGCUCCAGGUUUCCCCCCUCAUCUCUUAAGCUCCUGCAUCAAACAGCAGCCACUGGUUAUAGCCAGACUGGCUUCCUUCCUUGGUAGCUAG